AAAAAUCCUCUGAUGUAACCAGAAUGCCUACUACAGAUAUGUACUUGUUAUGGGUCGUUUUCUUGGGCUGUCUGCAACAUCAAGCUUAUACUCAGCGACCUGAAAUCGUAGAUGAAAUUUUCCCCGAGGUGAAGCAAAAAGGGCAAACAGGCUACCUUAAUUGCACGGUGGUAAAUAAAGGCCCGGGAUCAGUUGUACAAUGGACUAAAUUACAAACGGUCAAUGGAGGAAGUCCUAUUUUGUUAAGUGAAGAUGAAACAAUUGUCUAUCAAGGCUACAAUCACGGAAUAAAUGAGGAUUCUGGACUAGACAAAUACGAUGUACAGAGUCGUACAAACGGAAGAAGAAUCACUUACAUGUUGGUAAUCCGCUAUCUAGCAGAGGAAGACAAUGGAGGUUAUGUUUGUACAAUAAAGAUCCCAGGCGUGGAAUGGACACACUGGCCUACAAAGAUUGGCCAGCUAACGGUGCAGAUUGCCCCUAAGAUCUUGAGUAACAUGAAAUCGCUGUAUGAAGUUGACCUUGGGUCUGACCUUCAGAUGAACUGUGAAGCUCGUGGUAUUCCAUCUCCAAAUAUAACAUGGACAAGAGAGGACGGGCGUUCACUGUCAACUGGGAGACUCCAGUCACAGGGAAAUCCACUGACCUUGACCGCCAUUCAGAAGAGUGACCGUGGUUACUAUAUUUGCGAGGCUGACAAUGGCAUCAAUCCUCCCGCCAUUUUAAGAGUGGAAGUUGCCGUAUAUUUCCCGCCGUUACUGACGCCCGUGGAAUCUGUAGUGGGCCAGGCACAAAACAGAAGAUUCGAAGCCAAACUUGAAUGUAUAGUUGCAGGAUACCCUGUACCAGCUGUAAAAUGGAUGAAAGAAGACAUAAGUGGCAACCGAAUUGAAAUUCAAGACGACGACAAAUAUGAUAUCACCAAAGAUUUUAGUAUUCUUCAAAGCGACGAGUUUUGGUCUACACUUCUUGUGAAAAACGUUCAGGCCAUUGACUACACUAAAUACUAUUGUGUCGGACACAACAGAUACGGGAAUGGAGAAACAAGCAUUACACUAACUGAAACUAUGGAGUGUCAAGGACCCAACUGUCCUAGUGAGAACUGUAUGAAUAUAUUGGGAAACUCUUCUGUUGUAACCAAUCGACCCAUUACAGAGAUGUACUUGUUAUGGGUUGUUUUCCUGGGCUGUCUGCAACAUCAAGUUAAAGCUCAACGACCUGCUAUUGUUAACGAUUUUGUGCCCCAGAUAAAGAAAGUGGGCGAAACAGCUUACCUGAGCUGUACAGUGUCCAGUCAGGGACCUUAUUCAGCGGUAUCAUGGCUGUUGUUUGCUCCGGGUGACAAUAUUCUCAUUUAUAUGACCACUAAUACAGAGGUAUUUACAGGGGACAAAAGACACGAUAUACAGGUGAAACAAAGUGCCCUUGGAACGACCUACACAUUGAUAAUUAGACCUGUAUCUGAACAGGAUGCUGGGGAUUAUAUGUGCAGAGUUAAAAUUCCAGGUGUAAGUUUGUCUGAGUGGCUCAGAAAGAGGGUGACAUUAACAGUGCAAUUUGCCCCUGAGAUCAAGAGGAACAUGAAAUCGCUGUAUGAAGUUGACCUUGAAUCUGACCUUCAGAUGGACUGUGAAGCUCGUGGUAUUCCAUCUCCAAAUAUAACAUGGACAAGAGAGGACGGUCGUUCACUGUCAACGGGGAGACUCCAGUCGCAAGUAAAACUCCAGUACAACGGAACCCCACUGACAUUGACUGCCAUUAAGAAGAGUGACCGUGGUUACUAUAUUUGUGAGGCUGAUAAUGGCAUUAAGCCUCCCGCCACUGUAAGAGUGGAAGUCGCCGUAUUUUUCCCGCCGUCACUAACGCCCGUGGAAUCUGUAGUUGGCCAAGCACAAAACAGAAGAUUCGAUGCCAAACUUGAAUGUAUAGUUGCAGGAUACCCUCUACCAGCUGUAAAAUGGAUGAAAGAAGCGGAAAAUGGCAACCGAAUUGAACUUCAGGAUAGCGAUAAGUAUGAUAUAACCAAAGAUGUCAGUAUUCUUCAAAACGACGAGUUUUGGUCUACACUUCUUGUGAGGAACGUUCAGGCCAAUGACUACACUAAAUACUACUGUAUCGGACACAACGGAUACGGGAAUGGAGAGACUAGCAUUACACUAACAGAAACUAUGGAGUGUCAAGGACCCAACUGUCCUAGUGAAGAACUGGUAGGGAUGUGACCUUUGGACACUUCCUGGACACCAUUGUAUCCUGCUUCACAGAUUAAGAAUGAACUUUAUCUGUUCUG